ACAGCUCAUGCCUCCAGAACAUGAUGGCGAGUCACCUUGUAAAACCUGAUACUAGAAACUGCAAGAGGCCUAGAGAAACGGAGGCUCAAAUGCCAGAUAGUCCCCAGUUGCCCUCUCUUGGAAAAUCAGAUUCAUCUUUCUCUGAAGGUUCUGGAUUAUUUUAUAAAGAUGAAGCCCUAGAAAAAGAUUUGAAUGAUAUAAGCAAGGAAAUUAAUCUGAUGUUGUCUACAUAUGCAAAUAUCUUAAGUGAGAGAGCAGCAGUAGAUGCAUCUUACAUUGACGAGAUAGAUGGACUCUUCAAAGAAGCCAAUACUAUUGAAAACUUUCUUAUCCAAAAAAGAGAGCUCCUGAGACAAAGGUUUACAGUGAUUGCAAACACACUGCACAGAUAAAAUGUGUACUUAAUGUAAGCUGAGAAUUGUAGUAGUGAUAGAAUGACAUUUAUGCUUUGAAAGUGCUCUAGUUGUU